CAAUGACAAGAGGGUGUGUAAAUAAUGACAGAAUUGUCAUUUUGAAGGUGAACUGUUCCUUGAACAUUUUAUUACCGCAUUUUAAAAAUACAUCAAAAUUCUGUAAAAUCAAAACUGUGAAAUUCCACAAAAAUAAAAAAUGUUUUCAUACAGAGUAGCUUUAUUGCAUGUGAAAUAAGAAACAAGGCGUCUCAUACUUCAAUAAAAAUUGUUUUGCAAAACCUUUUUAACAUUGCAAAAGGUUCACAUAUGGGUCUGAUGUACUGCGGUGUUUUUAAAAGAGCUGUUUUUCAUGAUAUGCCUGCUUAAAUUAUUGUAGAUAGGUGCACGAAAAGUCAAGAAAAGGUCAUCUGAGGUCAUGAUCUUUCGUUCAGGAAACACUCUUAAGUAGUGGGUGUAACUGUUUUCACAUGUUCCUAAUGACCGAAUCUUUGCUAGUGAUUUAUCAUGCGAUUCUUGAUAUAUGCAAGCAUGGCGCAUUUACACAGAGACGCUCUAUAAACAACCUAUUCUUAAAGUCAUAGGUCACCCAAAAAGAAAACAUUUGACAUCAUUGACUUCCAAUAUAUGGACCCAAAACCACUGAGACGUUUCUUAAAAUAUCUGCUUUAGUGUUCCACACAAGAAAGAGUCAUAUUCAGGUUUUAAACAACAUACGGGUGAAUCAAUGAUGAUUGUUAUUUUUGGGUGAACUAUCCCUUUAAACAUCUGUUCUGUGUGAAGAAGUCUUUAAUCCAAAGUGUCAAAGAACAGAGAAGUUGAGGUUUUGGGACCUGAAUUCAAGGAUCCUAUAUACAGUAAAGACAGAAAUGUUUGGUUCCUGCCGUGUUCCAGCCGUGAGCUUCUGUCCUGGCCGUCAGUUUAGCUCAAAUCCCACUACCUCCUUUGAUCCCACACACCCUCAGCACAGCAAAGGAAAGCCCCUUUAUCAUUUUCCUGCCAGCCCAUCCAACAAUGUGUGGAAGUGAGUCAAGCCCAUUUUAACUGGAUGCGCUCUCCUCGCCUCUGGCCUUUACUCGCUCAUUAGACAAAGACCCUCGAAGAGGAGUGUUGAGCCCGAGUUGGAGCUUUCUGGGGUCAGUUCGUGCCUCCAUGGCGGGCUUCUCUGCAUCUUUCCAGAACACGUUAACUCUUGUGCCGUUGUGUUCGCUCGCCGUGCUUCCUCUGACCGGGGGUGGAGGUGAAGGAAGAAUGUGGACCGAUGCGACGCUGGUCUGCUGUCAGACUGUGGCCGGAGAAUCGAUCUAUCGCCGCGGGGCUAGACGAUGGAGGAAGCUGUACCGGGUGAACGGGCACCUUUUCCAGGCCAAACGCUUUAACAGGAAAGCGUACUGUGGCCACUGCAGUGAGAGGAUAUGGGGACUGGGGCGUCAGGGGUACAAGUGUAUCAACUGCAAGCUACUGGUCCAUAAACGCUGUCACAAGCUCGUCCCUCUGACCUGUCAUAGGCAUAUGGAUCCAGUCAUGCCAUCACAGGAGCCGUUGGUAGACGAUGAUAAAAGUGGCGAGGAAGUGGAGCUCCCCCCUGAGGACCCUGAAGAAACAGACUCAAUUCCAGUCCCUUUCUUAGCGCACAACCGAAAAGUAGAGAAAGCUGAAGAUGAUGCAGAGGAUCUAAAGGCGGUGGUAGAUGGUCUCGAGGGGAUUCAGAUCUCUCAGGGUCUCGGCUUGGGAGACUUUGACAUGAUCCGUGUUAUUGGGAGGGGCAGUUACGCUAAAGUGCUACUGGUCAGACUGAAGAAGAAUGAACAGAUUUAUGCCAUGAAGGUGGUGAAGAAAGAGCUGGUCCAUGACGAUGAGGACAUUGACUGGGUCCAGACAGAGAAGCAUGUGUUUGAACAAGCAUCAACCAAUCCGUUCUUAGUGGGACUUCACUCCUGUUUUCAAACAGAGAGUCGGUUGUUUUUAGUGAUCGAGUAUGUGAAUGGAGGAGAUCUCAUGUUUCAUAUGCAGAGGCAGCGGAAGCUUCCUGAGGAACAUGCUCGAUUUUAUGCUGCUGAAAUUUGCAUCGCUCUUAAUUUUCUGCAUGAGAAGGGCAUCAUUUACCGGGAUUUAAAACUGGACAAUGUACUGUUGGACCAAGAUGGCCAUAUCAAACUUACAGACUAUGGCAUGUGCAAGGAGGGAAUCAGACCAGGUGACACUACCAGCACUUUCUGUGGGACGCCCAACUACAUCGCCCCAGAAAUCCUAAGAGGGGAGGAUUACGGGUUCAGUGUAGACUGGUGGGCACUGGGCGUGCUCAUGUUUGAAAUGAUGGCCGGCCGAUCCCCCUUCGAUAUCAUCACUGACAAUCCCGACAUGAACACAGAGGAAUAUCUCUUCCAGGUCAUUUUGGAGAAGCCGAUAAGGAUUCCGAGGUCAUUGUCUGUUAAGGCGGCGAGUGUGCUGAAAGGUUUUUUGAACAAGGACCCGAAAGAGAGGCUGGGUUGCCAGGUUCAGACCGGAUUCACAGAUAUCAAGUCUCAUACGUUCUUCAGGAGUAUAGACUGGGACCAGCUGGAACAAAAGCAGGUGACGCCGCCGUUCAAACCUCAGAUCACAGACGACUACGGUUUAGAAAACUUCGACACGCAGUUCACCAAUGAGCCCGUACAACUAACGCCAGACGAUGAGGAUGUGAUAAAGAGAAUAGACCAGUCAGAGUUUGAGGGAUUCGAGUACAUUAAUCCACUGCUGCUCUCCACUGAGGAAACCGUAUGAGGGAAGAACUGAUCAUUCUGGAAGAUGUGCGGCUUCAAGACUACAGCUGAGUUUACCUCAGACUAUGUGUUCAAGACAAUAGGACGGCCAUUUUUUCUUUCAAUCUGUUGACUAAGACUUCAAGUCCCUGAAUUGUUUCAGGGUCGCACUGCAAGUACGAACAAGUGGAGAAACUACACGGAACAGUUCCCCAAACUUCAGCUGUUUGUCUUCCUGCUUCUCGGCAUCCUCUUUGAUUUCGAUGCCCACGUUUGUGUGCGUGCUCCAUCAUCGUGUGCCUGCGUCCAUCAGAGACUACAUUUCCCACCAACCCUAGCCGAACGUGACGGUUCUAACUUAUUGUGCACUUUUAUUUUAUUUUCUGUUCGACUUUUUGAUUCUCUUUAAUCUUGUAUGAGGUGCACCUCAAGCGAAAACAAGAAUGUAUAAUGUUAAAAGGUAACGUUCAGACUUGUAUUGUAGUGUAGGUAGCCAAACUAAGAAUUUAUGAUGCCUUUUACGAUGCAAAGUGGCACAUUUUAAUUCACAACCGCGACGGUUCCAUCCACAGUGCUUCGAACAACAAUGCUUUUAAUCACCCGUGUUGAUUUUACAGAGUAAAUGGGAGACAAAGUGUGUUUUACGAAGAAGUGCCUCAAAGAUCUCAAAUUCACCCAAGUCCACUUUUAAUCGGAGUUUGUUUUCUAGUGCAUCAUCCAAUGAGAAUGUUGGCUGCAGGUGUGCUUUUUCAUUGACAAAAACACACAAGAGUUUUUUCUUUGAUAAAAACCGUCCAACUUAUGUAAAAGAUAUGUGGUUCAAUGGUUAAAUCAUAUGAAAGAGCCCAGACUUUGAGUAACUUUGGCCAGUUUAUAAGUAAAGAAAUGUUUCUCCAGCAAUGAAAUAGUCUCAAACAAAUCCAAAGUGUGUCAUACAGACUAACAGAAUUUGUACGUGAAGUGGAGCGACACGUUUUCACAUCUCUUACAUUUUGGUCUGGAAUGCCGCCAAUACAGAUAAGCCAAAUGAGAAUUAGAGGAGCAGAAACUUACUGUUCUGUAAACUAAAUUGUAACAUCCACACACAAAAUCACACCCAUGCUUUUCUGUUGUAACCAUGUCAAUAAUAAUCAUGUGAUUUGUCAAUGCUGUUGAGAUGUUGAAAGACAAAAAUAUUAUUAGUUUUAUAAAACGUGGUCGGCAUUGUGGUGGUAAAAGAGUGCAGCAGUGAUGCAACAGAAUCUCACAUGACCAGAAUCAAGGAAGCGGUGGAACUGACUUCAUAGACACAAUCAGAUGUUCAGUUAAAGGGAAAGUUCACCCGAAAAUAAAAAUUCUGUCAUCGUUUAAUCAUCCUCACGUCGGUCAAAAUCAGUGGAACACAAAUGUCUGUGGUUUUGUGUCCAUACAAUGGAAGUCAAUGGGGGCCAAUGUUUUUUGGUUACCUUUUUUCUUCAAAUUGAGAGUGAGUAAAUAAUAACAUAAUUUUAAUUUUGGGUAAACUAUCCCUUUAAAUUCAACCCAUUACAACACUAUAUAGGAACACAGUUAGCACAGAAUGGUCAAACAUUUACACCAUUUGGUUACACAGGCUUUUGUUUGGAGUAGAAUAAUAGCCCACUACCUACCAAACACGUACUCUGUGUUACGAUUUGACUAACUAUUAAAUAAACAAUAUUGGAAACUAUUUUGCAUUUUAACGAAUUAGCGGUGAAUUGAUCAGAGAAGUCAAAAAGAGUGGCUGUGAUUGACUUUCUGGAUGAUCGCAGAAAGUAAGGUAAUGUAUGCCAUGCAAUACAGCCCAAAUAUAUUUGCAUAAAAUAUUUGUGUACAGUUUACAAACUGCACUGAUAGUAAAGGUAGUAAGCGUGUUAUUCUAAACACAGCCAUGUCCUCCACACACAUCUUCUCCAGCAGGGAACAAAAGCAUCUAUAUUUAAAUACCAGGCCACACGGAAAACAUCUUUAUAUUUAUCUUCAUAACAUGUCAUUUCCCUUUAAGAAAUAAAAACAACCAAUGGCAGGAUAGCUCGACUGAUUAAUCCCUCACAGUGAUAAGGUAUUGUUUUAUCAAACCACUAGAUGUUUUCCUCUUUUUUUAGGAGAAAAGACGGCACUCUUCAACGUGAACGCUUUGAUGAAAUCAGACCUGUAUAAGGAACUGCUGUGUUUUAAGAUUAAUUCGUUUCUGUGUGUCAGACAGACAGUAGCCAGAUUAGCAGACAGGCUAAGAACGGGCCGGGAGAUAACAGCCCGACGAACAUUAGAGAUAACCAGGCAGAGAGUGACGCUCGAUUUACCCUACCAUGUUUUCAGCUCUCUAAUGAAAUGAUGGUACAAAAAAGGCACAAGAUUUCUAUGAACAUUUUAUGACGGCACGUGCCGAGAAGUUUAAGUUCUGCUACUUUAUGAACUGUCGAUGAGUGGCAUGGAAGGCUAGUUUGGUGUCAAUUUUCAGGUUUGUAAUGUAAUCGUGGUCCUACAUCACUAAAGGAAACUGUCACAUGAUAUUAUUUAACGUUAAUUUAAAAAAACAGUGAUUAUAUUUGCAUCUGUAUGAGAAUAGGUACUAAGGACCAAGAGUAAUAAACCAACUAACGACUGAAUUCUCCACCAGCCUGAGCUAAUGUACAGAUUCCAUGUAAAACAGAUUCACGAUUGUCCACUGAUUCAGAUCUGUUUGUGUUUAUUUUAUUUUUUUACGCAAAUGCGCCUAGCAUAAUUCUCUGUAAAUAUUUGUAAUUUAACCCUUAAAACAAAAAUAAAAAGAAAGAAAUCUUUUUCUGCACCAUUAUGAUAGAUGAUCUGAAUUCAGUGUCUCAAGUGCUGGUCAAUAAAAUACAAGCUCUUGUCCCUAAAA